UUUUUUUUCUCUUUGUUUUUUUUUAUAACCUCAUCUUUCUAUACUUUAUUGUGAUAGUAGUUUGAAUCUAAAAAUAUGGUGACUUCCAUGUCUUCACAAAAAAGACAUGUCAUCCUUAUUGGUACCUUUUUGAUAUUUUUAUUAACCAUCUCAUAUUACCAAUACGCCACAUCUUCAACUAAUGAUCAACCAAGUUUAUAUAUACAACAACAAGAUGAUUUACCUAUAGCUUCACCUAUUAUUUCUUUAUCAACUUCUUCUUCUGAUGAUAAUUCUAUUAUUCAACCUUGUGAUAAAGGUGAUAUUCCUUGGUUAGCUUCAGAUCGACAAUAUUGGGAUGGAUGGAAAACCAAAUCAUUCUUUUUAUUACCUGAUGGUAAUUUUACUUUGGAUAAUGUUAUUAUUGAACAAGAAAAUGGAUUAUGUAUUGUUGUUUUGCUUGGACCUAUACCAGCAGCAUCUAAAAUCAAAGUAGAAUCUCAUUAUGCACCACCUGAUAGUAUCACCAUGACGGCUAUUGGAAAACAUUAUAGAAUUCCUAUUACUUUACAUCAAUAUCCAAAACAAAGUAAUGCUUAUUAUGCCAACGUUUAUUUCCGUCACAGUGAUUCUUAUAUCUUGAAAAGUACCACUGAAUUUCGUUCUUAUUUUUGGGAAACACCUAUUCAACAUAAUUAUCAACCUUUCAGUUUUGAUUCCAGUAAUAUGGUCAUUGUUACUCCUUCAGCUUAUCCUUCUCUUCAACAACCUGCUUGUGAACCUAAUCAACCUGUGGAAGGUAGUUGGCGAAAUGAUACAAAUCAAUUUCAAUUUAUUCCUGAUCAUUGUGAAAUGAAAUAUACUCGUCAAGAUGGAUUACGUUGUUUACGUAGAAAAACGAUUCAUGUGUGGGCUGAUGCUAAUUUACGAAGAAAUUUGAAAACUUUAGCCUCUCCUUAUUGGUGUGAUAUAAACAACGAUCCUGAAGCCACUUGUAUUUGUAAUGAUGAUCUAGAAGAUCCUGAUCAUUUAUUAUAUCCAUGGGCAGCAGAUCAUAACAUUCCAUUAGCUUUGGGAGAUAACAAGGUACAUUAUAAUUCCAUCAACAGCAUCACCACUCAAGAUUGGCGACAGGAAAUGGCAAUGCGAGUGAAAGAUCAAUUACCACCAGCUGAUCUAGUGAUUGUAGGUGUAGGUAAUGAUGAUAUUCCAUUGAGUCGAAUGAAACCAAGUCAAUUUGCCAAUGCAUUAUCUGAUUUGCUUCAUCAUAUGACCACCACUGUUUAUCCUGACCAAAUCAUCAUCCUACGCACACCUCAAUUCUUUGGUACUGGACAACAUUAUUAUACUUCUUGGAAUGCUGGUCGAAGCCGGGCUUUUGCCAACGUAGUCCGUGAUCUUGUUCAUGAAUAUCCUCGUGUCAAAUUAUGGGAUACACAUCAAUUAGGUUUGGAAGAUAAUACAUGUCGUUAUCAAGGCACAACUUAUAGCAGACGCAAUGUCGUGGAUGUUGAAAAUCAAUUAUUACUCAAUCUCUUUUGUGGCGUGUAGAUUCCUUUAUAUAGAUUUUUUUCCUAGUUUAUUAUUAUUAUUAUUAUUUUUCAUUCAUUACCUAUGUAUACAAUUGCAUUUCUUUUUUUUUUUUAUAUUCCACAUUUAU